AUGGUGGAGGAGUUCGAUGUCGUCGUUGUGGGCGGUGGCCCCGCGGGUCUUGCUGCUGCUAUCCGCCUGAAGCAACUUGCCGCUGACGCGAAAGAUGACUUCCGCGUUGGUCUUGUGGAGAAGGGCAGCGAGAUUGGCGCCCACACGCUCUCCGGGGCCUGCGUGGAAACGCACGCCCUUGACGAGCUGCUGCCGGAUUGGAGCAAGGCGCAGGACCUUCCUACCAUGACGUCCGUGACGAGUGACAGCUUCUACCUACUGCGGGACCAGAAGCGCUACAUAAAGUCCCCGCUGCUGCCGCCGACGCUUCACAACCGCAACGCGCGGAUCAUGUCGCUCGGUUCGCUGUGCAAGUGGCUUGGCGAGCGGGCAGCAGAGCUGGGUGUGGAGGUGUACCCAGGUUUUGCCGCAGCACAGCCGCUAUACAACAGCAGCGGCACCGCACUCGAAGGCGUGCAGCUUAAUGAUGUAGGCAUCAACAAGAAGGGCGAGAAGACAGCGCAGUAUGAGCCUGGUAUGCUCUUCAAGGCGAAGCAGACCAUCUUCGCUGAGGGCUGCCGCGGCUCCUGCACAAAGCAGCUGGAGAAGAAGUUCGGCCUGCGCGGCGAGGGCAACUUCCAGACGUACGGGCUCGGCAUAAAGGAGGUAUGGGAGGUGCCGGCUAAAAGUCACCGCCCCGGCAGCGUCACGCACACCAUUGGCUGGCCAGUGACAGACAAGGGUCACGACAACACAUAUGGCGGCUCCUUUCUUUACCACUACGGUGACGGUCUUGUUUCGCUCGGCUUCGUUGUGGGCCUCGACUACAGCAACCCCUACACCCGUCCAUACAUGGAAAUGCAGAAGUGGAAGACGCAUGAGAUGGUGGCGGCGCAACUCCAGGGCGGGAAGCCGCUGCUGUACGGCGCGCGCACACUCGUGGAGGGCGGCUACACGGCCCUUCCAAAGCUGCACUUCCCUGGCGGCGUGCUCGUUGGCGACGGCGCAGGGUUCCUCAACCUGCCCAAAAUCAAGGGAACGCACACCGCGAUGAAGUCCGGCAUGCUCGCGGCAGAGGCAGUUUACGACGAGGCCUUUGCUGGUGGGAAGGAGAAGCGCAACGACGUGGAGUGUAAGAGUUACGACGACCGGUUCCGUAGCAGUUGGCUGCACAAGGAACUCUACGCGGUGCGCAACGUACGGCAGGUCUUCGCGCGCAACUUCUUCAUGGGCGUGAUGUACACUGGUGUGACAACCAUGCUGACGCACGGUGUAGAGCCGUGGACGCUGCAGCAUCACCAACCGGACCACAGGGCCCUCAAGCCUGCUGCAGCCUGCCUGGAGAUUUCGUACCCAAAGCCAGACGGCAAACUCACCUUUGACCUCCUCACCAACCACAGCCGCAGUGGCACCGCACACAACGCCGACCAGCCGGCGCAUCUCAAGCUGCAGGACCCAGAGGUAGUGCAGAAAGUGAACCUCGCCAUGUACGACGGACCUGAGGGGAAAUACUGUCCGGCGAAGGUGUACGAGUUUGUGGAGGGGAAACUAGUAGUCAAUGCGCAGAACUGCCUGCACUGCAAGGCGUGCGACAUUAAGGACCCAACGCAGAAUAUCAACUGGACUGUGCCGGAGGGCGGCGGCGGCCCCAACUACAGUGCGCAGAUGUGA